GUAAACUCUGUUGAGUCAGAUAUCUGCUCACUCUUCUGGAUAGCCUCUGCUACGCUACACGUAAUUUACUGAACUUUACAACAGGACUUGGAAAAAGAACCAUCUUGAACACACAGUGGACAUAAUGGAAACAAUGGGUUAUCCAAUGGGUAUAGGGCCCGCCAGGCUGUACAGCACGUUGGCUCACACUCUCAGCAGUAGCCAUCGGGCCCCCCUCCCUCUGACCCACCUGGACCCUCACCAGCCUGCGGACACAACGCUCGAUUCAGAUUUCUGCCAGGAGCAGAAGGGGUCCCCAGUUAGUCCCCUGGAUCUCGUGGAGGUGCUGCAGCAGUGCGAAGAGGCCCUCAGAGACGGACCACCGCGCUACCACAGAACUUUCAUAUCGCAAAGCGAUGGCGACAGCAGCGCUAUUCGAGUCAUGCAGUGGAACAUUCUGGCACAAGCUCUCGGUGAAGGACUUGACAGUUUUGUGCAGUGUCCCCUGGAGGCCCUCAGCUGGUCCCGAAGGAAGUAUCUGAUCUUGGAGGAGAUCCUUACCUACCGACCGCACAUCCUGUGUCUGCAGGAAGUGGACCACUACUUUGACACCUUUCAGCCCAUUCUGGCCCGUCUGGGUUACAGAAGCAUGUUCUGUCCUAAGCCUUGGUCGCCGUGUUUAGACGUGGAGGGCAACAACGGCCCCGACGGUUGUGCGCUGUUUUUUGACGAGUCCCGUUUUGAGUUUUUGGACUGUGUGAGCCUACAGCUGUCUGCUAUGAGAAUUCCGACCAAUCAGGUUGCUUUGGUGGUGAUGCUGCGCUGUCAAAGCACAAGGAGGCGCGUGUGUGUGGCCGUGACUCACCUGAAAGCACGUGCCGGCUGGGAGUGGCUGCGCAGCGCCCAGGGAUCAGACCUCUUGCGUCAAGUCCAAAACGUGGUCCAGAAACACGCGCUCAGAACAUCAGACGGCCCCAACUCCCAAGUCCCUCUCAUCAUUUGUGGGGAUUUUAAUGCCGUCCCGACUGAGGACGUGUACCGCCAUUUUCUGACCUCUCCUCUUGGUUUAGACUCCGCCUACAAGAAACUCAGCCAAAACAGUUUGACAGAACCACGGUACACGACGUGGAAGAUUCGCCCCACAGGGGAGUGCUGCGCUACUCUGGACUAUAUUUGGUACACUCAGGACUUGUUGACUGUGGAUGCGGUCUUGGACUUCCCCUCAGAAGAAGAUAUUGGUCCAAACAGGCUCCCAUCCUUCAGGUACCCUUCAGACCAUCUCUCACUGGUUUGUGAUUUCAGCUUUAAGGAGAAGCAAUGAAGAAUGAGUAAAUCAGUUAGAUGUGCGUGUUAAUAAAUAAAUAAUACGCACAUAACAAUUUAACUCAUAAAUAAUAAUUUCAAAUAUUGUAAAGAUGAACAAAAAAAAAAAGUUGUAUAUACUGAUAAACAUUUUGUCCCAAAAAAGAUUACAGUAUUUUUAUGUUAUCUAUUUAAUUUAAAAAAGUAUAACAUUUAUAUUUUUAUAAUUAUAUAUUGUAUGUAUUUCUGCCUGUGCCUCGACUUUAGGUAGAAAUGGACUGAAGCACUAACUAGCGUUGCCAGAUGGAUAUUUAUUGCACCAGUCUCUUCAAAUGGUUGUACGUACAGUAAUCUGCCUGAUUUGACUUAUUCAGUACCAUCGUCACCUCACGCUGUUACAGUGUAGCUGGGAACACUUGGAAAAACUGCCGUAUUUUCCAGACUAUGACUACUUUUUUCCAACGCUUUGAACCUGCGGCUGAGCAAACAGUGCAGGUAAUUUAAGGAUUUUUCUUCACUAACGGCCAUAAUUCAACAAAUAGUUUUCGUAUUCCGCCAACAGAGACACUGAAAAGGUGCGUUAUUGAUUUCGCUAUGGCGCCAGUUCGCUCACUGCCGAGUCUGCGGGUUUAAAAUGUUUCUUACUUUUUCGUGCCGAAAGUAUUUGUCCGUAGCGUUUCUGCUCAAACGGAUUCUUCAUUCAUCACUCCAAGCAACAUUUGUAAGUUUACAAUAUAAGUAAAAAAAUUCAUACUUUCUAAACCGUCCCAUGUGUGAUGUUUGUAGAAGUGUUGUCAUGCAUAUUAGUACAUGCUAUUGUAGUGUUUUAAAGCUAGCAUCGUUAGCAUUAGCGAAUAUGCUAACCUGUUUUACAAGUGUUAGUAUUAUUAACUUACAAUGGCAUUCUUUUUGUAUUUAUUCAGUUUCGUAAAUCCACCACACGUCACCAUGGAGUUAUUGAGUCUGUUUAGCUGGUUGAAGAGCUAUUUUCCGCAGCUAGUGGGUCCAUGACGAUGACUUCUGUUUUGUUUGGUCAGCCGUUUAAUUGCUGUGUUACAGACACCAUUUAGAAACAAAGUAUAUAAAUAAACAUUUACAAAAUGCAAAUUCAGCCCUUUGAGACACUCGUGAUUUAGGGCUAUAGAAGUAAACAUUGACUGAUUGAUGAUUGAUUGAAAAUCGUUCAUACCGUUACAUAUCUGCGGCUUGUAGUCUUAUGCCGCUAAAAUAUUUAAUUCUUCUAAAAUUUGGUGGGUGCGGCUUAACUACCGGUGCACUUUUACAGUACUUUUGACAUGAAUACUCAUUAGUAUGUAGUUUAUAAAUAUAACCACUAGUACAUGUCUGAAUACUUUAAGUGCAUGUAUAAAUGUGUAGAGUGAAUAUUAAAAGUCCUAUUUACAUACGUUCUGAAUCACAGGUGUCAAACUCAAGGCUCGGGUGCUAGAUUUGGCCAGCCAAAUAAUUUUAUUGUGGCCCUGCACAACAUUUAUGUGGCCUACAAAAGGCUGGGGGGACAUUUUCUGGCUAAAUGUAUUAGUUCCUUUAAUUUUGACAUACAAAUGUACUCCAUAUGUUUUACACUUUAAUAAUAUCUGACCAUGCAUGCAACAAGAUGUUCCAGGCAUUGUUUUUGGUUCUCAAAAAUGUAUAUUUAAAUAUCUGCUUGUCAACUUGACUUGUGAUUUCAAAGCGAGAUAUUAAUCAAUCUGUAAGUAAAAGAUAUAAUAACCGAAAAGUUUCCUAUGCAAAUUGUGUAACGAUUCAUAAACAUUCACUGUUUCAAACGGCCCUCAGGUGGCAGCCAUAAUUGCAAUGUAGCCUUCAGUUAAAAGGAGUGUGACACCACUGUUCCACAUGGUCUAACAAACCAUUGACAAUACUUAAAUAUAAUGUAGAAAAGCUGAAUUAAAAAGUAUAAAAAUGCCACCAUUUAGAGAUGAGCUUGUUAAUAUAUAUAUAUAAAACAUUUAUAAAUGUUUAUAUAAACUAUAUACUAAUGAGUAGUAAUGUCAAAAUAUGCUUUAUAAAUGAUAAAUUCAGUGUUUACUAAUGCUUAGAAGUGUGUGCUGACUAUAUAGUGCUACCAUGUAUCUUAAUAAUGCAGUUUUACCUUUAAAUACACAGCGCCCCCACCUGGUUGUAAAUAGGAAGGUGAGUGAAUGCACACUUUUAGCUGCAGUGUGUGUUUCCAGGGUCAAUUUAACAUACAUUCUAGGAUAUUGCGAACUAUUGAUCAUACGGAGGGUGAAAUGAUCGUCCAAAUACUAUAACUAUCGUACAUCUGGCAACGCUAGCACUACCUUGUCUUUUAACAAUGCUUGUGUUUUUUCAUUGGCACUCUGCCAUUCUUACACUUUGAAGUGCAGUCACAGUGAGAGUUUCCAGUAAGUGCAGUAAUGGAUUCAUGACAGCGCUACACACUAACUGAACACAAUAUACUUGUACUACUACUGACUGAAGUGGUCCUUUUGAGACGCGACUACAGACUAUGUACUGUGUAUUGUAUGCAUGGCUGCAUCAAUUAAAAAAAAAAACCACGUAGGUUUAUAUUCUGAUGUUUCGACGAGUGUAACUAUUACAACAAACCAAUACAGCAUGGAGUGCAUGGAACUUUAAAUAUGCAGACAUGGUUUCUGCAUAGUCGCUACAAUAAAGUGCACGUGAGAGUGAUGGUUUGAUUCAUGUUUUAAGUGCUAUUUAAAUGUUGAUGUGCAUGUAUUUGGUGGAAAAUAAUGAGGUGAUGGUAAGCAGAAAAUUUGUUUUCCCUAAAAUACCCAAUGGUGUGUU